CAAAAUAGGACCCAACAAUUUCCCCUCACAAAGAACCAAUCUUAACAAAUAUCGAGGGAUUUUUGGGGGGAUAGAAUUAAGUCAAAGUCGUGAAAAAGUGAUAAAUCCUUGGAAUGAUUUGUCAUUUUCGAUAAAUAGUUGGAAACGCGGCCGUACGGUGAGACUUUCAGUUCACAUUCUCUCAGAGAGACAAAAGAGCGAAAGGCUGCGAGAUAUUCCGCGGAUAUUCUUCAAUAUUCAUCGACGAUAAUAUUUCUCGCGAAUGAAGUAUUAAAUAGUGAUACGCUAGCUUAAUUGCUAAUUACUUGUGAGUGUGACAGAAAUUUUGAUGAAAAGGAGAAUAUCAUGAUGUCUGAAAUGACCAGAGAGGCUAGUGCUAUGGAGUGCUAUGCAAAUUUACCUGACGUGGUGGCUAGCAUGGAGUCUCUUACUGUUGACACUGGGGUGAGUGGACAACAAGCUAGAUAUACAAUGAGGAAGAGAAUCCCCAAGAUGACACAAACGACAGAAUCAUUGAACCGCAGAUGUAGUAUUAAACCCAAGAAACGUAGCUACUCAACUAUGGAAAGUGACACUCAAAUCCGUGAAUACUAUCUAGACAAGACAUGGAAGAAGAACCAAAAUACUCUGGAGACGAUUUACGAGGAGAUCGAUGGGAUGAGUGAUAACUCCACAGUGAUUAAAGGGAGGAAACUUCGAAGAUUGAUAAAAUUCGAUCCAAUGACUCAAAAGCCUAAUGAGGCGAAGUUGAGGAAGAGACGAGCGAAGAUAAAACGGGCAUUUGGAUCGAAAAUUCGCACUAAACCUAACAGUAUGGAUAUGAAUGCAUUUAUUAAGAAAUUGAAUGAAAUUAAAAUGCAAAAGAAUUGAUGUCAACCGAAAGACAAUGAUACUGUAAAUAAUUGUCUCAAGUACUAGAAGACUGUUGGAAUGUUCAAUCGAUAUUUCAUUGAUACUAAAGUAUUCAUAAGAAACGGUUCAUUUAUUUAGUUCAUCUGGUGUCGUUAGUCAAGACAUUCACCGAAGUUAUGACAAGUAAUGAUAACGAAUCACUGUCUCUGGGUUGAAAUCAGGGAUCAGCAUGAAUUUUCUUUUUUUUUUACUGAUGAAAUAAAUUCACUUUUUUACAUGAA